AUGCCGCUGUUUUGCUGUCUUGGAGAAUGCUGUACCCUAGUUGCUGCCUUGCUUUUUAAUGUGGAGGCAACUGUCAAGUCCGACUUUGACAAGCAGUCACCAACAGAUACUGCCUGUGGGUGGAUUGAGGUGACCAAGAAAGCUGCAGCGGCUCCCGUUAGUAACAUAUUAUUUUUCAGGCCGAAAAUUUGUCAAGGUGUAUCAGAUGAAAUACCAAGGCCCCAGGAAGCUGUACCCACUUGGAGUACGGAUCAACUGCACAGCUUGUUUAAUCAAGUAAAGUCACUUGCACCAAGCACACUGCUCAUCAGCUCGAUUUCUGAUAGCGAGGAAACUGAUUCUUCCCCAGAAACAAGUGAACAAGGCCGUGUGCAGGCAGUGAACCAGCAACUGGCACCGCAGCUUCCAGUUGGAGGCAUGCACUCUGGCAUUGACGCAACGGCAGCCAAAGAACUGCGCUUGUCAAAAAAAGGUGUGCUUCUAUUGAAAGAGCAACACGUGGCCAAUCGCGCUCUUCAAGAUGGAUAGAAUAACGCAGGGGACGAAUUACAGCUUCCAUAUUGCACCGUGUUGUAGGAUGUAAAACUGGCACCAUGGGGUUAGUCGCGCAAAUAAUGGGCUACACAAAGGUACCCCGAGUCGCAAG